AUGCCGGGGCGUCCGUCGGAUCCGGGGGACGCCCUCGUCCCAUUCUCGUCCCAAGUCCAUGACCCCGUCGUCUACUCCGUCCGCCACGGCCUCAAGCCCCCGAUAUUCCGAGUCUACGUCGCCUGGUCCCGGGGGAACCUACUCCACGUAGCUUGCCUCCGAGAAAGAACGCCAUCGGAAUCGGGAGAAGAUGACGAUUCCAGACACCCCGAGGCUCAGGCGGGUGGGGUCGUGGUGGAGGUCCAACUCCAAGGAGGCGCGAACGGCGAGAUUAGCGAAGCGCAGCAACGCAGGAUUGCUUACGGUUCUGUUCCUGCCUUCGCAUUGCUUCAGAGUCGGAGGAAUGCUCUGAUGGCAGCUUCCAGGAUGCAGUUUUCCUCAUUCCGCACCGAAUGGUAGGUUUUACUCGCUAGCAUCGUUACAUUUUCCGUCACAGGGUACUUUUUUCAAAAUAUUUCCGAAACUAUUCUUUUUCCAGUUAAUUUCCGUUUUGAAAGAUUUGGUACUUACAUAACCAAGAUUGGCGUCCUUCACGAUUUCCUCUGUCCAAUUUUUUGUAUAUCGUUUGAAUUUCUGUAUACAACGCUCAUGGAUUAGCUGAAAUAAGAUCAAACGUUCUCAUUUAUUUGGCUGCUUGCAGGGUAGUGCAGUGCCCCUGCGAGAAGCUAUAGUGCACCGUGAUGUUUGCCAAGAGUCAAUAUUUGAUUAAUGCAUAUUUUAUCUGGGUCUUCGUUUUAUUCAAUUUCGUUGUUAUCCAUUAAAUUAUAAUACCGUGAAUCACGUAUUUUGAACUAUAAGAGGUGCUUAAUAAAACGUUGUGGCUGCUAAGAUGUGCAGUACUUAAUGUGUCAAGAACGAUAAAGGGUGAUUAGUAGGGAGAUGAAAUCUGGUUUAUCAGCUAUAUCUGAGAUGCGUGCUAUUUUAUUUGUUGGAAAGAAACUGCAUCUGAACAUGGGGAGUCAUUUAUGAACUUUCGUGUGAAAGUAGAUAUGUAUUAUAGCGAGAUUAUAACCUCCAUGCCAUUACGAGUUUUUCUUUGCUUAAGCAUUGCUUCUUGUUUAUUGCGUGAAAGAGAUUAGAUUUGGUCCAAGAAAAGAAGAAGCUCCGAGACUCAAGGAUAUUCUGUAAUAAUGCAAGUCUCUUUCUACCCAAUUCCACUUAUGCGUAGGGCUGGCUGUCCUACUGGCAUUGGUUUUGAAUGCAAGGUUCUGUUCAAUGAUUUCAUACCUAUAUAUUCACGAGUAAUGGUGACUUGAUCAAUGAUUGAUUUUAACUUUUCAAAUUUUAUCACACACGGUUGUCGUUUUAUUUCUUACUUUUUUAUGUGACAGGCGGCAAUAUGUUUUGGAGUACAGCAGCCAAAUAGCUGAUCUCCUAGGGAAACGAAAGCCACCUGAAACAGUGAUCGAUGAUCCAAAAAUGUUUGUGGAGGUAGUUGCUCUUUGAAAGAAAAUAAUUUACUGGAUGCACAGUUUAUUAGAUACCUUACAUUUCAAAUAGGGUUGCCAUUAGAAUAACCAUUUAAAUAUAUGCCUGUGUUAUAAAGUAAUGGAGCAGUUUACUUUUACAGCCACUUGAGGAGGAAACAACUUUGAAAGCUGCGUGGGACCUGGUGGAAAUAUUUUAUGCGGACAAUGACUCUAAAGCUUUUCUACCUGAGAAUCUUGUUGAUUGGUUAGCAGUAAUGGUCUUCCUCUAGCUGCUUUUUUUCAGCCUAUUUUCCUUUUUUUGUUUCAGGCCCAGGCUUCACUUUCCUACAGAAACUCAGGGUUGAAAAUUGGUUUGCUUUGGCUAGUAACAGGAAACCGUAUCAAUUGUAACAUCCUUUAUCUCUUACUAAUGAUAUUAUUUACAGGAUUAUGAUGGUCUUCUUUCUGCAACAGAACCAACGGUACACUCAAAACUUGUGGCUCUGCAGAGAAAGCUUGUUGAUCUGCAGGUUUGUUUUUUGUGAUACGAGGAGCAUUCCUAAUUGCGAAAUGCAGUGGGUUUUAGCAAGUGACAUGUGAUAAUGCAUCCUGAUUGUUUUUACAUAUUUUAUUGUAUUGCGAAGUGGGAAAGAUGUGUGCUGAAAUUUUAACAGCAAUGAUAAGCUCUCUUGUUAGACCACGUGAAGGUGAGGACUGAUAUGGUAUUUGUUCAGAAAUCAACAGGAAAGUAUUUCCCACAGGAGCUCGUCGACCAAUUCUCUUAUAUAGUGGAUCCAUUUAUCUCCAUAUUCUGUCUGCUGUUCAUCAACCAUGUUGUUCAGCUUUUGUUCACCUUUUAUUCCUACCUUGAAGGCUUUUCAACCUUCUCUGUUUUAUUUUCAUUUUUUUAUUGCCUCGAACCUUUUUGUUUUUCAACCGUCAUUUUGUGCAUUUUUUUAUUGCUCUAUGCUCAGUUAUAUGGUGAGAGAGAUGACCACUGAAAGGCUAGUAUUUCUUUUUGACACCGAUGGUAGGGGAUUUCAGUGUUAGAAAUGUUUUAAGCUAAAAGCGACUCUAAAUUGAGGCUUUGUUCUUGCUUGCACUGCAUUUGAUAUCAAGGACAAGGAUGACCUGCUUUUUCAUGGUUCUCAUUAUCACGUGGGAUUUGCAUUUUACAAAUAGCUUGGAUUAUCCAGGUCGUUGAGGAUGAUCCUGACUACUGGGAAGGAAUAGCGUUAGGAUUAGCUGUUGGUUGGCUUGAUAUUGUGGUGAGUUGUUUUGCCUCUUAUGCUUUUUAACAGCCAACAUAAUGACAGAUAAAUUAAUUUUAAGCGGAUGUUCCACUAAUUGUUCUCCGUUCCAGGUGAAACUGUUAAGAUUGCACGGAUCAUAUCAACCUGAUCAAUUGGAUGAUCGAGAGGUAUGCACAGUGCUCUGUUCUUGAGACAAUUGGACAUUUGAUGCAUGAUGGAAUUUUUUUUACAAAAAAAAAUUGAUGUUUUUUUUAAACUAUUACUUCCUGAUAUUAAGGGGCAUCAAUUGAAAUUCAGUUAUUACACAGUGGUUAUAAUUACUACUUGAAGAACAUUUUGAAACAUGUGAGAAACAUGAUGGCAGAUAUUCUCAUUGAUUGUUCCACUAUCCGAACGAGGUGCAAUACCAUUCUAAUUGAUAGAAAGGUUUCUUGGGUACCCAAAUAGUUUUCUAGGUAUCACAUGACAUCUGGAGUAUUCGGACGCUCAUCCCCUCUGAAAGUAAACAUUACGAGGUAGAAACUUUUGCAUGGAUGACUUCCCAAAUGUGACCUGCUAGCUUUAUGCAGAUAACAUUUACGUCUCCUCUUGUCUAUGGGUAAGUGGAUUCAUGGUAGACUUUGCAGAAGCCAUUCCUCAUAACUUUUAUGCAAAUGACACCCCUAGGAAUGGCAGAAGAGUUACGGAUAUACGUCUUGGACUUGUCAGUGGAUGAUCAAAAUGGAUCACAGCAUUUGGUAGCCUGUUCUUCACUCUGGAAUGACAAGGGUAAGCAUAUAUUCAAAGGAUGAAGAUUUUCAGUGGAGAGUGCAUUCAAUUUUUUAUCUGAUGGGGUAAAAGAGUGGAUGACCUUUUCUUUUUUGUGAUGAGGACGAAGUCGACUUUGUCACCCUCUGAUAAUGAAGAGGUGGUUUUGAGAACAUACUGCAUAUAUAUAGGCACAUUCCUUUCGUCUUUUUUAUUAUAAAUGGAUACAUAGUACUCUCCACUCAAAAGUACAGAGAUGGAGUACAUGUGUCAUGUUGGACUCUAUCCAUGCAGUUGAUAUGAGAUUUGGUCAAACUAUCACUUUUGUUUCUUUUUGGUUUGUCUUCACAUGCUCCGAUUACUGCUCGGAUUUUGGUAAAUGUAGAUUUGCUUUAUAGGGUUACCUUCUAAUGUAAACUUGCUAACUACACUUUCCCUGGCUUGAAGUUUUCGUUCUCCAACAGAUCAUUUUAAUUUUCGUCUGUUACUAUUCGUGAAUUUAUUUGAUGAGCUCACACUUCUCGAUAUAAGCAGCUUGUUUUGGCCCUUUUCCCCAUCUUCAGUAUCCUGAACAAGGACACGGUUUAAAGUGUCAUUGGAGGUUAGAUAACUCUUAUGGGUGCAUUUAAAUUACUUGAAUGUGUUGCACAGAAGCACUUGAAUGUAGAAACAAGUAAAAUUGUUUGAACGGAAUAAAUUGGGAUUAUUUUUUCUUUAGUUAGAUUCAGUUAAUGGUUUCAGAGCCUUAUUUUGAUUCUGAUACAGUACUCCUCAAGACAUGUUCGUCAUAAGCGAACAGUCUAGAAGCUUCUACAGUGGACAUUAAGGAAGGAGUGGGCUGAGCGGUAUAAAUACCCCUUCAAUGUGAAUAAGAGGGGGUAUUGUGGUAGAAGGUCACGAGAGGAAAGGGAGAGUGGGGAAUUCUCUCGAACUAAUUCUCGUCUGUUCAUUGUUUUCUUUGAAUACAUUGUUCGUUUUCCCUUCUUUGCCCAAGAGGAGAGAAGGGGAUCGUAUCAGAUUCCUAUGUUUAAUUUCUUUUAACUUAAUUUUGACCAUGGUCCAUCUUUCCCAUGGAGGCUUUUAUCUCGGGUCAGACUCCCUGUUGUAGCUACUGUAUGGUGGUGAAAGAUUUUCAGGGAAAUCACUAAAUACUAUUUUCUAGUAGGCAUCAUAUACGACUUUUCUAAGUGUACUACUGUUUGAAAUCAACUUGUGUCACCGGACUCAUUAUUUGAAAUUUCCAGAUACCAUCCUGAUUUGAUGACACAUUAUGUGUAAACGUUUUUGAAUAGUUAGUGAUGCCUUUAGAAAACACUUUUGUGUUGCUGUAACUGGGCAUGUCUUUUGCAGACUGAAAAUGGCCUGGUAGAGGCAGUUGCGGUUCUUGUUUCUACUAUGCCACGCCUGAGACCUAAUUUGCCUGCUGGGAGACUAGGCCAAUGUUAUAAAACUAGACAGGAUUUCAUCAAGGUAUCACUGAGUUUUGGGUUCAGUUGAUGCCAGUUCUAUUUUUUAUGCUUAACUCCCUAUGUUUCUAUCUCCAGGCUUGGGAAAAAUGGCAAGGUCAUGUUAAUAAAUUGGAUUACAGUGCAUUUUGGGUCCAGUGUGGCCAUCGCCAAACUAGUGAGGGUCUGAGGAAUCUAUUACGGAUUAUGCUGGGGCAACUUGGUAGCCUUAACGGAUCGACUUAUCACUGGAUGGAGCUUUAUGUAUCCCAUUUUUUGUAUGUACAGCCGUUCACAAUGGUAAUGCCAAUACUCCCUGAAAUAAUUAUGUCUUGCCUGCGUACAUUGCUUUUUGAAUUUUCAGCUGAUUUUUUCUAUCCUCAAUUUACUUCGCUAAUUAUCUGGUCUUUUUUUCCCUGUGCUUCCUCCAAUUUCUCUCAACACUCAUCAUGCAAUUUUGUUUAUAUUUGAUUAUGUAUGAAUAAAUUAAAAAAUAUUUCUAUUUGUUUAGUUUUAUGAUUAAGCACAUACUUCUCUUCUGUAAUCCUUCUAACAUAGAUGAAUCAUAACUUUCUGGUCGUAAUUUCCCACUGCUUUUGUGCUUCUGGUAUCAAUUCCUUCUAGUGCUGUUUUUGAAGCUAUUAAGCAUUUUAAUUUUUUAUUUUAUUUUGCAUCGGGGAUCCUUUUGUCUCCUCAGGGUUUAGAAGGAAUGUAUAGUUUAGCUCAGAAGUGUAUACAGCUGAAACCAGCACCCACCUACAGUGGACUUACUGGGAUCCUACUCGGUGUCCUUGGAGAAAAUACUGAGGCAAGGAGCUUGUGUUACUCUUUGUCGUCUUUUGUCAUUCCUUCAAGCAUAAUUGAUAGGUUCAUUUUUUGGCAACAUUCAGGUUGUUCUGGCAGAAUGUUCAAACAUAUUCGGUCCUUGGUAAGCGAUUAAUUGUCAUAUAAAUCAUGCAAUGAGUUUGAAGUAUUUCUCAAAUGAACUCAAUUUCUGCAGCUACUCUCUAUCAUCUUGGAUUUACCUGGAUUUUCUAUUUUUCUAGGAUGGUUGUACAUGCAAUUGAAUUGCUGACAUCUGAAAACAAGCAAGCUGAGAUGUUGCUACACGAAGAGCGUUACAACUUGGGAGGAAUCAGCAUUGAGGAACUCCAUCGAUUAGUCUAUGCACAGGUCUUAUCAUCCCAUUCUUUGACAUGGCAGGUGAGUUUUUAUUUAUUGUCAGCGUAUCUUUAUGCUUGAAAUUUCAUGAAUUUUUUGCUGCAAGUGUGAUAUUUGGAUCAUUGUUUAUUCUUUAUGGACAAAUUUCUUUAAAUGUGGUAUUGGGAAUCUUCCCCUGCUCUUUCCUCUGGAGAGGUCUACCAUGCGCAAAAUUAUUUGAUCUGAGUGAGACUAGCUGAUUUCCAGUCAUUGUGUUGUUAUGUUUUUAAUUUUUGCCUUUCUAGUGGGGAUCCAAUUGCCAUUACCCCUGGAAUAUAAUUCAGGUAUCUUAAUUCCCAUCCUAACUGGCUGAUUUGACGAACCAUGGCUUCAUAGAUAAAUGUGUACUUCUACAGAAACUUUUGUUUUGUGGAAUACAAAUGUUAUAUUGAACUCUUAAGCUUUAGUUGUGAAUUAUACCCUAUUGCACAAACGCCUAUAUCUGACAGUGUACUUCUGAUAUAUUAUGCUCGUUCAUAACAUCAGCAUUUUGUUCCUUAGAUAUGUGAUGAGCUUUAGAAUAUCAAACUACUGAGUUCUUUAAACGAGACCAAUCAAACUCUUUGUUUCUAAUUGUUUAACAUGAUGAAAUCGAUGAAAGGCUUGAAAGGCAUUUCUUUAUAUAUUUUAAUUUAUUACGUAUUAUCUAUGUAGUCUUACGGAUAAUUUAUUGCUUAUGGCCAGUUGGAUUUUGUCUUCUUUCCCCUCUCUGCAGAUUGCACCAACAUAUCUGGCAUCAUGCCAGAAGCAGGGUUUGGGUUUGUUGGAAAAAUUAUUAUACAUGCAACCUGUCCAACAUUAUCUUGUGUUACUAAAGGUUACUACUAACCGUGUUAUGCAAUUACUUUUCUCAUUCUCAUUUGAUCUUGUUGAUUUUCAUGCUCUGCGAUUGAUGCUGUCAUUCCUAUUUUAUGAUCAGGAUCUAGAAAUUUGUCGCCUGUAUGAGCUCGAAAACAUCAGUUUAAGUGUGAUGAAGGUAAGCAUAAUAACCAUAUGUGACAUGUCAUCAUGUACUAGUGUUUUUAUCAUACCUUACGGUAUAUGGAAGAUAAUAUAAAAUUUCUUCCUAUAAGCUCUCUAUAUAUGUACUUUAGAUUGGUUUUCUGCUCACGCUUUAGUGCUUCACCAUAUAGAUCGCUGGAGUGCACCAUUGGAAGCACGGUAGAAAGGGUUUUGGGAUUUAUUGGCUUCAACAAGCUCGGGAUGAAAUUCGUCUCAAUAAAAUAGCACAACAGUUGUUCGAUUGUAUUGGGAAGUCAAUAUCCGAUGAUAGUUUCAAGGUGCUUAAUUUUUUCUCUCGAGUAAGAGCGGUAAUUCUCAUGUGGUAUCUGUUAUUGUGCUAUUUACUCAAGUGUUUUAAAAAUUCGCCAUUGCAGCAAUGGGAAGGAUUAAUUGAGCUCCUAGGCUCAGAAGUUGGAAGUGCAGGAGGCCUUGAGUUUCUUCACAAGUAGUAUCUUGCUUUCUAAUCAGCUAUCUAUCUCAUUACAAAAAAAACAUCAGCAUUAUUUUCACUUUUGAAUUCCUCUUCUAACCAACAAACUAUUUUAUAGGUACAGAGAUUUCAAGAAGUCCCUUCAUAAUGUGCAAGAAGGAGCAACUGUAACUGCCGCUAGACAGUCCAUGCAAUCUCUUGUACAGGUAUUACAAGUAAUCGGCAAAGCCCAUCUAUCAGCUGCAGUUUGUACCAAUGCCAUGGAAAUUGGAGUCCCAAUGAAAUCAUAGAUAACCCUUUUGCUUGUUGAAAAGUUCUGUUAGUGAGGUCUUUUUGCUGAUCUGUCCUUCCAGGCAUAUAAAUUCCUUCAUGGGAAAUAGCAUGUAUUUGUUUGAGUGAGCAGGUCGUUUAAGAAACUAAUGCUUACUCUUUCUCAUGAUGCACUUUCUGUGGUUGAGAUUACUAGAAAAUAGCACGUCAACAAGCAGGCAAAUACUUAUUAUCAUGAUGAAUUUCUAUUGCUGACAUUAUUAGAAAUGACUAAUCAGUAAGUUUAUUUCUAUAUUAUAUGGAACUUGUCAUUUUUCUGGCCAAUCUCAAUACAGUCCUUUAAGCCUCAAAGUGGCAUUCCUUCGGUAAUAAUAUUUCAGUUUUAGAAGAUUAAGUAUUUAUCUCGAGUCUUCACAGACGUGCCCAAAGAAAAAUUAGAAGGCCAACCGUUCCUCUAAUUAGCAUUGAGAUGGGAUUGAAUACUUGACUGGGUAAUUCUUCAUUUGAGGGGGACCUGUUUAAAAGGUCAGUUCACUUCUGAGCUACAGAAACCAGCGGUAUGUUUUCCUUGAAAAGCAUUACACAGUGAACUCCUCAGUUAGUGAGGUUCACUAGUUGAAUUGUCAUUUCAUUGCCAUGUUGAUGACUUUCAAUGUUGAAUUUAGUAAACUUGUUUUCCUGUUAAAUGCCAUAAUAACUAACUAUAUUGGAUGCCAUCCUUUUGGUCAUGUGGACUUCAUUCGCUUGAUGAAGUCCUCUGGUAAUCAAACUCCGAUUUUAACUCUCUUGAGUUUCUGGGUUGCCUUUGUGUUUGGUACUGUAAAGUUGGUCCUUCCCUUGAACAAAAGGGGUGCUAUUUCUAGUGGCAUUAGUGAGUCUUUUGCCCCCGCUAUCCCUCCCUUUACUGCUAAAUCCUUUUCUAUUACUACAUUGACUCCACUGGAUUAAACUUACCUUCCAAUUCAUCUCCAAGGCAUUGCAGGAUUUUUCCGUUUUAUUAACUCUUUUGAGGUGCAACGCUCGAGAUAUUAUCAUGAAAACAAACGGGAGUAGAAACCCUUUUGAGGAAAAUUAGACCAGUUUUCACUAGUUCCCUAAUUCUGCAGUAUAUAAGUGUCUUUUAUCGCACUCCAUCCUAUGUUAGAAUUUAACUCGGGAUUUGAAUAGCACUAUGCUAAUCAGCCCUAAGCCGCUUGCACUCACAUAUCGGCUAUAAACAUAUUCAUAUUCCAUUUGAUACAAAAAAAAAGACGUGGUUCUUUCUUCAUGUAUCCCGUUUUUUAAGCACAUAGCAGAUGGUAUCCUGUUUUUCAGCCUGUUUAUGGUAAGUGUGUGAGAUGGUCAAAAGUAAAGCUAGAGUUGGUGGGGUUCUUUUUUUUUUUUUAUCUUUAUUGAAACCAUUUGAAUGACAAUUCAUUUUUAUGUUUGCAGCUCAUGAAGAGUCCAUCUACUCCUCAGCGGUUUUGGUUGCCUCUUCUGCAUGAUUCGGUGAGCCCUUAAGACUAUAUACAUCGGCCUGCAUUAUUUCCAUGAACCAUGCUGUAUUUCAUCUGGUCACGAUUUUAAAGUCAUCUCUUUAGCAGUUUUAUGAACCGCUUGGUCGCCCACAAGGGCACUGGCUCAUUUUCCAUUCUGAUCCGAUCCUUCAUAGUCACUCACAAUCUUGUUUCUCAUGAGCUGCUUGUUUGCCCGCAUCACUUCAUAUGCAACCUAUGAGCAACAAAGAAAAAAUAAAAUAAAAAAUAUAUGUAUAUAUAUAUACAAACGAAUAAAAACGAAUCCUUGGUUCCAUCAGGGAAAACAGUUUGCUCUCUUCAUCAUUGCUCCAUACCCAGUCUAUAUAUAUAUAUGUUAUAUUUAUAUUUAUAUGCAUGCAAAAAUACGUAUAUAUAUACACAAUCUUGUUAUGAGUGUCUCCUGUCACAAGCUGUCCCACCCCUCCCGCCGACACGAAAUUGGCCAGCAUUUGCUUUCAGCUGCCAUCCAUCAGCCGCUGUGCUACUGUUUUUGUUCAUCCAGGUUAAGCUGCUCAACUGGCGGGAACGGCCUCUGUUGACCGUAUCGGAAACCAACCUGCUGCUGAACAAGCUGCAGGAGCUAUCUAUUGCUCGGCUGCGCCCCGACUUUGCCGACACCGAACUGGCCCCGGAGGCUCUGAGCUCUGUCAGGCUGGCUCUAGCGACAAAUCUUGGGCGGGCGAUCCUCGAGGACUGCUGA